AUGUCGCUACGCAUCAACGACGUCGCCCCCGAUUUCACGGCGGAGUCGACGCAGGGCACCAUCAACUUCCACGAAUGGAUCGGGGACGGCUGGGCCAUCCUGUGCUCGCACCCCAAGGACUUCACCCCGGUGUGCACGACCGAGCUGGGGUACAUGGCCGGGCUUCAACCGGAGUUCGAGAAGCGCAACUGCAAGAUUCUCGGCAUCCAGUCGUCGACGGCGCGCUGA